ACACUAUAAAGCACCUACGUGCAUUUUGAGUGCGAGCUCAGGUCAGCAGUGUUUUUGUGAUUGUGAGAGGGUGUGUCAGUCACGUGGUUAUCUGUAGGGGGUUUUCGGUCACUUUAUAUUGAAGGCACAUGCCAAGAAAUGUUUCAGCUCUCUGGUCUCUUGACAUUUGCCCCAGGAGAGAGCCCAGUCGACAUUCACGCGCAACUUAGGGCGGCGGGGGCUCUCAUCUUGCGCUUCUCGUUAUCCCUCUCUUGCACAGCGCCAUCGUUUCAGGAGACUCUGUCAACAGUAACUUGCGGGAUCUUUUUUUUACAUUUUCUUUUCGACGUCGUCGUACUUAGGGGAGAAGUCUUUCGCUGAGGGCCCCCUCAAAGCUUGCGGGGAUCGUCUCGUUCAUGCACUUGCGUACGCAAGUCAUGCCCUCCUACAGGGUGGCCAGGAUGUACACUUACAGGGUGUUUUGUUUCGUCAACUCCACAGUGAAGAUAAUGGAGCGACCGGAGGAGAAAGAAGUUCUAUUACCACCAUCUCUGACACCUGACAAAGUUGCAGAGGGCUCGGUCCGGGUGACCCUGCAGGAGACAGUAGAGCUGGAGCACGGAUCAGGGCUGUGGGGCGGCCAUGCCUUCACCUACCUGUGCCUGUGGUACGGGCUCAGCUUCUGCACGCUGGUGCUCAACAAGUACAUCCUCUCGCUGCUGGGCGGCGAGCCCGCCACGCUGGGAGCGGUGCAGAUGGUCUCCACGUCGGUCAUCGGCUUGAUACAGAUGUGCCUCCGGAAGUCUUCCCACAAGGACUUCCCCCCCAACUUCGUCUCCGCCAUGACGCUCAUGGGCGGCAUGAGGUGUGCCACGGUGGUGCUGGGCCUUGUUUGCCUCAAGAACGUGGCGGUGUCGUUCGCUGAGACGGUGAAAAGUUCCGCACCGAUCUUCACCGUUCUCAUGUCACGCUUCAUCCUUGGAGAGCACACCGGUUGGCGUGUGUCCGCGUCGCUCAUGCCCGUCAUGCUGGGCCUGUCCAUGUGCACAGCCACUGAGGUCGGAUUCAGCUCGCUGGGUUUCAGUGCUGCCCUCUCCACCAACAUCGUUGACUGUUUACAGAACGUGUUCUCCAAGAAGCUUCUGAGUGGUGACAAAUAUCGAUUUACGCCUGCGGAGUUGCAGUUCUAUACGAGUGGAGCCGCCGUGUUGAUGAUGAUCCCUGCCUGGUUGCUCAUGACGGACAUGGUGUGGCUAGCCGUGCCCAUCACGCCAGACCUGGCUGGCCUACUCGUGACUGACGGAGCUCUCUUCCAUGCACAGAGCGUGUGCGCGUUCGCUCUCAUGGGAUACAUCUCCCCCGUCACGUUCAGCGUUGCGAGCACCACGAAGCACGCGCUUUCCAUCUGGCUCAGCGUGCUCGUGUUCGGGAACCCCGUGAGCGUCGUCUCCGCUGCGGGCAGCGCCCUCGUCGUGGGUGGGGUCGCGCUCUACAGCCACGCUCGUGCUCACGGCGGGCACGGUGCCACGGCGGCCACGCACGCGACACACGGGACGCAAGGAACGCACGGCACGCCCAGCAACGCUUGCAAGCAGAUUAACGUGCAGACGCAAACACACACACACGCGUUGUGAUCGGGGCCAGCAGUAGGCCCUUCCAUUUCCUGGCAGUGAUGCCCUCCUUAUGAUCCCACGGUGAGCUUGGGGAUCAACACUAUAAGACGAUGGGAAAUUUUGGUCAGGCGUAGGCAGAGAGAAGGUUAUGGACACCUCGCUUUUACUGGCCACGCGCUGGAGGCAAAAGCCUUUUUGCUACUGGCCAUAUCUACCUAUAGUAGCCACGCCUCUGCCGACGACGCAGCUAUUGGCUAAGCAAGGAGGGGCUCCCACAAGUCUUUAAUACUUGGGUCCCUAUUGUGGAACACAACAGAGUGUUUGAAUGAAUGGAAGUGCCUGGAAGUUUGACCAUUUUCCUUCCAGUUAUUGUGUCACAGUGAGACACAAGUCAUUAAAUCCCAGGAGUCUGAUUCACUGGUGGGCUAUCCAUCCGUGUCAUGUGUAUAAUAAUGAUACGUCAGCGAAUCAAAAUAUCUCUUGGAGUAAUUUGGAGCCACCCUUGUCUCUGAUGACCCUGGGUUGUUGGUGGAAAUUUAACAUUUCUGUUACGCAAGUCGCGUUCUCAUGGGACAACCACCACUGUUGAGUUCCUGCAGGGUUGUACGAAGUUUACUGACCACGGCAGGAUGAUGGGUUGACUUGACACUUUACCACACGAUUUUAGCUCGGAAACCUGCUUGUGAAUUGGACACACUAACUACUGUGCUGGCUGAUUGAUGUACAUACAAUAGCGAUGUUUUAGUACAUAAUUUGAAGAUACCUCUAUAUGGUUUGCGAGCACAUGUCAAAACACCACGCCAGAAAAAGUGUGGGGUACGAUUCUUAGGACCUGGCAGUGACAUUUUACAGUUGGUCUUCACAACGAGUGGCAACGUCACACAAUCAUGAGUUUGAGAACGGGGUUCAAACAAUUCACCUACAUCCCUGAGAUUGAAAGAAAUACUGCAGCUUUAGCAGUAAAAAAAACUGAAGGUCAUGGGAAAGUAUAUACUGUACCUGUCAACUAACAUCCCCCAAUGUAUGUGUUUGUAUGUGUGUCUUCAUGACAGUAAUUGUGAGUUAUACAUCGGUGCUAAUGUGGUUUAAGAGCCUUGGUCUUGUGGAAUUAUAUGAUAACCCCCCACCCUGUAGAAUCGGCACCUUUGUUGUAAAUGUCAGUAUUAAUGUCAAUGCCAUUCUUAUGCGCCUGUUUGUGUGUGUGUGCGUGCGUGUGUGGUGGGAAGUAGUAACAUCGUGGUUCGCUCACCACACCCUCAUCCUUGCAACUCGAAUUUGAAUCCGAGCCAUAAUUGACACCAGUGGCAUGGGGAUUUGAAAACUGUCCUUGGCUUCCUCUAGGUUGACUCGGUCUUUAACGAGUACUGUACCUGCUGUGGUGUUGGGAUCAUCAACAUCAGCAACAAAGAGUUGCUUUUCAUUUCAGGCUGUGGUGACCUAGGGGAGGGGUGGUCCAUCCCGUAUUCACAUACCAAUUCUCCACUGAUGUGUGAAACAGCCAGGAAUUGAAUCCGAGCUGUCUGUGUGCGUGUGUGAUUGCAUAUAUGAAUAUGAAUAUAUCAUACAUUGUAAAGAUUUUACCUUGUAGUCGGGGCAAGUGCGUUUAGCUGUCACUUAUUCUAAAAUGUAAUAUAUAUAAUCACAAAGUACUUAUGCACAAGUCUCGUUAAGGUGUGAAGAGAAUUAAAAAAACAAGUCUUAAGGAAAUAGAAUAUUGUGUUAUGUUAACACAACUUUGUCUAAACUGUGUGCUUGCUGCAUUACAGCUACACCACUUUAACAUCUCAAUUAAGCAUCAAUCUUAAUUCAGGGACUAGCUUCUUCAGAAAUGCAUCCACGUUUCCUGUUGUAACUUUGCGACAAACUUGUCUUUCUUAAUUCUAUGAUUUUAGUUGUGUUCAUACUUUUCUGGUGAACGUGUAAUAGCUUUUUCAUGUGUUACAAAGCUGAAUUUUAUUUGUGUGUGCAAUAACUGGUAACCAGACUUAGACCAACUCCAUACAAAAUCUUGACUUAAAGCUUUCGUGACUGCAGGAAUUCAUAUUCUUUGGGUCUUUCGGUAAAGUCGCGUAGAUAGAGUAAAAUAAUCAAAAUUUAAUAAAGUGAAUAAAAAAUAAUCAAAAUAUCACGUUUAGAUCGCAACUGAUGACGAUCGCUUGUGUUGCUCCCUACACUUGAGACACAGACCAACAGAAAACUUGAUAUCCCCGGUAACAACCUGCUUCAAUAACUGGUGGCUGAAACGAUAUUGGUUGAGUGCCUUUGGCCACAGCCAUUCAAAGCCAGUCACAUGCUGAACGUGAAUUUUAAUAUCAACCUGUGCUUUGUGGGACCACGUGUUAAAACGAAAAAUGCAGGAACUUGAUUUGGAGAAGAAAAAAAACAUACACAUGCAAGUAAAGGUGUAAAAACAUAAUCCAAUAAUUUUCCAAGCUGCGUUCUUUUCAAAUAUCCUAUUGUUUGCAAUUUUUUCAUUACAUUGCCAACGUGGGUGUACGAAUUGUAAUUAUUUGAUAAUGCCAAAACAUGUUUUGCAUUACAAUGUUGGUUUAUUACGUUACAAAUGUACAAAGUGAUUAUUGUGUUUUUUUGUUAUGGCUGAUGAAUCAAAAGGGCACAAAGCAGAUGGGCCAUCGUGCCCUAUGUUAAGCAGAAUUUAUUCAAGCGCGCGGUGUACCAUAUUUUACAGAUGAUAUGUUGUGCACAGUAUCAAUCUUACAGAAUAUAAAUAUGGCCAGACACCUGCAAGGUUAUAUGAGGCACUCCCAAAUAAGCAUGUUUGUGGUGAUAAUAUAAUCUCAUUUGGCAUCCUUGAAUGAGUUGUGGAAAUUACACAUUCCCAUGGUGGAGACCAGUCUCCUUGUAGAAUGACCACUAUAACUUCCCACAAAAUGAAACCUCAUUUUGUUGGCCCUGGAGAUAUGAUGAACGGCUGGGUUGAUUUCAAACCUGGAUAUAUUGUGAGUGAUAUCCUCUGGAAAUCGUGCCAUGUGGCUGGAUAUCAUGAGAAAAUGGGCACAGAUUUCUUUGCUGUUUCAUAAAUUCUGAAUUGUACAAAUCUAAAAAGUUUACAAGUAAUGACAAGCACCCAUGUAGUUUCUCGCUUUGGUUUAAGGUUCAUGAAACAAAGAAACUAGGAUGGUAUGCGCACCUGCUUACAUGGGACCCAGAUUCAGCACCCACUCGCUGGAUUGCACGUCCACAGAUUAUGGGCAUCUGAUGCACAUACACCAGCAUCACCGCCGCAACUCUUGAUGCGAGACCUCGUCAUUCAGACUCCCAUCCCUGUGUGGUCCGUUAACCCAACCUCUAGGUUUGAAGGUUGAGGAGUGAGCCUGUAGAGAUGGGCAGUCUUCACUACAUGCAUUGGCAGUAGUGGUUUUGUAAUGUCUGUAAAACUGCGAUGUUUGAGUUGAAAUAAAAGCUUUUUUUUAAAAAGAA